AUGCUUCCCGUAACAGCCACGUUUGCUCCAGCCUUCGCUGUCUACUACGCCCUCCUCAACCUCCGUGUGAGCAUGGUGCGUGUGUCGUGCAACACCAUGAUGGGCACCGAUGCCGCGAACAAGAGCAGCAAGAGUAGUCAAUCAUCCUCGGCCUUAAAACCCGACUACUCCAACGAUCUGCUCGUCAGCGCCCGCUGCCACGCCAACUUCGUCGAGAACGUGCCGUAUGCGCUCCUCGUUGCGUCCUUUGUCGAAUUGAACGGCGGAAACACCCGGUUCUUGACGGCCUCGUUGGCCGCGCUGCUGUUCUUCAGGGUCGCGCAUGUCGAGUUCGGGUUGAAGGCCAAGGACUCGAUGGGCUGGGGAAGGCCGGUUGGAUACUUUGGCACGUUGGGUUUCGUGGUCGGUAUGAGUUCUUAUGCGGCUUGGUUGUCUCCCCUGUCUCCUCCUCCCUAUCUUGAUUGUAAUUGUGAGCCGCACAAGCAUGGAAUGAUUGUCAAGGACCCGCCCGUCUGCUCCCGUUGUGCCGAUCAGCCAGAGUCCCUCGCAAAGCUUGAGCAACAUGUGAGAGUCCCGAGGAAAGGCUCCGACAGCGUCUUGCCACCCAAGGGAUUGUUGGAUGGAGCGUCUUCGAGACUGUCAUUGACAAACCCACUGGAUCCGGAGGCCAACAGGCUCGGGAAUGUAAGUCAAAGACAUCAAAUGCCUACACCAUGGAUGACUCUUCUGUCUUCAGACCGGCGUGGAGAGCCCUUUGGAACUCCUCUGCAGAAGCAAGGCAGAGCAUAUUCCACGUCGUUCACCACAGCGCCUCAGUCCCCCGGAGUCAUCCAUGGGGUAUCUCGUCCAGAAUUUUCACGUCUGCCUCGGCCAGGCUUGUCGAAACGCCUGCCCAUACUAUCGCCAGAGUCAGUGGCCGCGUCGCACACUCAUUUGGUCGAGCAGAUUCCUGCAGGAUCCUCGAACCAUCAAGAAUUCGAAGCUUCACCUCCGACACAAUCAAGCGCCUCGCCUUCUCAGUGUUUACGCACGCCAGCAUCCGAUUACGCCGAUAGGUCGCAAUCCGACGCGAGGAGUCGUAUACGACGCAGCAUCUCAACCACCAAAGCGAUAAAUCCUUUCCGAAGAUCUUCCACGGCCAAGUCAAGUCUCGCACCUGCCGAAUCAUGCGGUCCAGCAAAGAUGCAUACUCCACAAUCUUCCCAGGACAAUGUCCCCGGCAGAGCCCCCUUCUUUAAAGAUCUUUCAGCUUUCUUCAACUUGCGUUCCAAGGCUGGAAAACCCAGUCCCCCACGCCGCUUCAGCCCUGUAAGCACGAGAGCCAACGAGAGCGGAAGCAGCCUGGAUCGGGCAUGUCAGAGGUGCGGUGUGGACAUGUCUGACUGGUGGGUACGGCGCCAGUCGGGUGCGCAGAGUCGUGAUAGCGAGGGUGAUCGAGGCCGUCCUGUGGAUCGGAUCUGCGAGAGUUGCAAGGCCGCUGGCACGGUGGCCAGGGCAAUGCCUGGAGCAUGGGACUGA